GUCAAUUGAAAUAGUGAGCUCCGCCGGGCAAAAUUAUCAGUAAAACGAAAACAAUAGCUAAGAAUAGUUUGAGUUUAUACUUUUAUAGGUACAUUGAUUAGUGAUUACGUGUUCUCGUAUAAGAUAUAAGCAUCUCCAUAUUUGCAAGCUUCAAUAACUAAAAAUUCAAAACCAGGAUUUCAGACUGCAAUUGCGUUUCGUCUUUGAUUUUUUUAAAUACAAUAUUGACUGGAUCAAGGCUGCAUCGAUGAGUCCUCCAUAAAUGUCGAAGUUGCGAAGCCUGUUCCGCCUGAAAUCAAAGUAUUUUCUGCGGAACCGUAGUAAUAACUUUAGUCAGAUGAAUGCAGAAGGGUCCACAUUUCCGGGCCGUAAGCCGCCGGUAGAGGCUCUGAAAGACCUUGGAUAUGCUUUCAAUUCAAAAGGGGAGCUCAGAAAGAUUGUAGAUGGAGUUCCUGGGGAGGAGCCAUUUGAGUUUAAUGUGAGUGAGCUACAGCAGGAAUGCCAGGUGCACUAUGAGAAUGUUGGCAUGGUUGUCACUGAUUAUGUCUACCAUCUGUUAGAAACACAGGAGAAUAUGAUGAGGCUCCCGGUCCCUUCUGAGAGUAAGCCGGCAAGUGGCACUUUCAUAUUUGCCACCAAGGAAUAUGAGACAAAAGAUAUCCUUCUCCUGCUCAUACACGGCUCAGGUGCCGUACGCGCUGGGCAAUGGGCGCGAUCUCUCAUCAUCAACGAAAACCUCGACAAAGGUACCCAAAUACCCUACAUAAAACGCGCAGUGGCCAAAGACUAUGGAGUUCUAGUGCUAAACACUAACGACAACUACCUAACAACCGGCAAUAAAAUACCGAAAAGCGGUACACCAGAUGAACACGCGCAGUACGUGUGGGACAAAUACGUUGCCAACGCGAGAGCCUCGUCGAUCCUCAUCGUGGCUCACAGUUAUGGUGGCGUGGUGACUAUGAAUCUGGCUAUUAAGAAUAAGAACGAGUUUAAGAAGAGAGUAAAGGCUAUAGCCAUGACUGAUUCCGUUCACGGGUUCUCUAGCAAGAGUAUACCGGAUUAUGUUACACAGACUGCAACAAACUGGAUAUCAUCAAACAAACCUUUGGAUACACCCAUGUCCACCAGAAAGGGAGAAAUACCGAUGGUCUCGGCUGGCCAUCCAAAACACGAAAUGACUUCAUAUUCAUGCAUGGAUUCUGUGUUCAACUUUAUUGAAGAAAAAUUAGCCAAGAACUGAAUGUUGUUGAAUUGUUUGUACAAUAAUAUACCUAUUAAGAUAUUGUUCAUGAGAAGUAUAUGAAAGCAGUAGUGCAUAUAUAAAAUAAAUUUUUGAUGGUAAAAUGUAUUUAGAUUAAUUAAUGUCUCUUGUGUCAAAAGUAAUGGUCUUGUCUUUUGCACAAACAUUUUUUAUAACAAUAUUUUGUAUAAGAAUUAGGAAUAAGGAUUUAAUUAUCAAUGAAUCCAACUGUGUAACAGUAUCAAUUUAUACAUAUAAUAUAUGUUUUAAUUACAAUAA